AUGUCGUCAUGGCAGUUUCUAGAGUGGACGGGGCUUGCGACAACGUUCUUCAGCAAACUCGUGUGCUUCGAGGACUGUUGCACGUCGUCGAAACAUGACCAAGAUGAGGUGAUUGUGGAGAAUGUUGCUUGCUGGGGCGAGGCAGUUUCUGAUGUGUCGCUACUCGCUCGGCGAGUUCCUGAUGAACAGCUUUCUGAAGCUGUGGCUGAGGAGCCAAGCACUCCACGAUGCUCGGUCACUGCGGCCCAUGUCCUAGAAACCCCAUCAACGGUAUGUCCUGCAGAGGAGGUUGCGCAUGAUGACCUGCUUGAAGAAGACGAGCUUCUGAGCGAUUCGGGCGAGGACGUGGCCGAGUCGAGUGCCAUCAAGGCACAGACCCAGGACAUGGAGUGUUUUCCUGGGAUGAGGAACCUCAUUUCCGAUUUUCUCGAUGCGAGAGACUUUACCGCACUCCGCACAGCCAGCCGGGUAUUUGCAGUGAGGGACCUUGCUGAACAUCUCAUUGCAGUGAUCCAGCCGGAGAGGCCUGACAUGCUCGCCGACCUUAGGCUGUAUGCCCUUCGUCAGAUUCCGCCGGAGCCUCGUCACCAAUGCCUGCAUUCGCUGUUCACGAACUUGGAGUCUUUCUGGAUGCGUAGCCCAAGCAUCAUGCUGGCUUUCGUGCAAACUUUGCAGAGACAUUGUCGAGAGGAAGGAGACGUGGGAAGAGAGAUGCGGUGGGUGAUGUGCACUUUCUCCGGGCAGGCUUUAGUUUCCAAACGGAAAGAUGUUCGACAUGCUGUCGUGAAGAACAUCCUCUGCUGGCUGGCGAGCAGCAACGUGGAAGACGUUAAGUGCGCAUGCAUGUGCUUGUCGCUUUGCAGCAGUCCUCGGGACCUGGGCCGAUUCCAUGCAGAGUGUGUCGCAGCUCUGGCGGCAGCGCAUGGAGCGCAGCUAAGUCGAAUCGAAUUCGGACAAAGAGCCAUGGCAGUCCAUUGCCCAGCACUGCUCACUGCCAUGCUGCUGGGCAGCCCUACUGAAUCCCGCCGUUCAGAAUGGUAG